UUCAAACAGAGCAAAUGGUCAAUUCGUUUGGAAAUCAUUUUAAUAAAAGCAAAACUUAGUAUCAUAGACCAGUAAUAUGCUCAAAUCUCUGCCUGUUGGGCCCGUUGUGCAUCGAAUGUUCCUUGCUCCUACAUAUUGGUUUACACUUUCUUCUUUCGGCGGCUCACAGCACUAUCACUGUUUCGCCUGCCACACGCACAUACUUUGGCAUACUUGGUGGAGCAGCCGGUUCCCCAUCCGCGCGAUAACCGAGCCGCACUCACACAACGACAAGCACUGAAGCCGAAUGGGCCGAAGCGAUCGCGAAAAGAACGGUACUCUCGCGCUAAGCAAGUUUUCCUAUAUUAUCUCCAGUCUCGAGAACCAGUUUGUCACGAGUGGACGUGUUUUUUGGUCUAUGUUGCGUAGUGUUUUUAGUAGCAUCGCGUCAUAAACAGCCGUCAAUCUCGUUGUGCUAGUGUGUAGAAUCCCCAUACCAGGAAUGCCGUUUGUGAUGCUUCUAUAGGUGUGUGCUGAUGCUGAUACCGACUGCGUAUCAGAGUUUUGUCCUGCAACGUUGGACAGAGAGCGAAAAGAGUUGUGUAGUGUGUUGCCACGUGCGUGUGUAUGUGCGCUCUGCUGAUAAGCGACGUAGCUCUGUGUUUGCCGUCGGCUAUCAUUUAUUUUACGAGCGCUCGGUGGUGCGGUUCAUUCCUGAUAGAGCCUGUUUUGGCGCAGUACUUUGACAGUAUUUAGCGAUUCCUAAGAUUUUUUUGAAUGAAUUUUGAAACUAAAUAAAACAAGUUGCGAAAGUUUGCGAAGAGUAGGCCACGGUGAGAAUAUCCGUCCGAAUGAGUGUAUGAAUAUUGGUGACUAUUUUCAAUAAACAAAAAGAAGAAAUGCUAAUUUUUCAGUCGGCCAAAUACGGCAGUAGCGAAAUGUGCGGAAUUUGAAGAUUCGUGUGGAACCGCACACAAAAAUGGCACAGUGAGUUUUUUUAAUGAGCUAUAGUGAUAUUUGUCAGCGAAAAGAUAUUUAGGAAUAUCAUAAUAAUUUGAGUUGAAAUAAAACUUGGAAAAUAGUGUAUUUUUUCUUCUGGGAAAAGAAAAGUCAAUUUUGUGCAAGUGAAAAUCAAGAACGGUGAAGUGAUCAAGCACAAUUUUGUUAGUAAUUUAGGAUAGUCGAAAGAAAAAGUAAAAAGAUCCUGUCGGUAGAUAAUAGAUGUUUUGUGUCAACAAAAAUAAUGUCAUGAUUAACGGUGGUGGAUUGAGGUUUCACUUCGAGUGCAUAUCAUCGCACUGGGCAUUUUUGUAAACAACAUAAUGCGCUAGUGCUGAUAAAAAGUGUGUUUUUCGUUUUGACCGUAGACUGGUACAGUACAGUAAUCGGUUUGCGUCAAUCUUCCGUCGUUUAUCGAAGAAAUGCACGUUUUAAAAUUAGAAAUGGCACGCGACUCGACAAUGGGACGCGAUCGGGUUCUGGUGAUGCCCAGCACCGGUAUCGCGUUGGAUACACCUUCCACAUCACAACCGGCGGCAGGACCAAACGACAUCAAUCAGCAGAUACUGGAGUUACGCAAGGAGCAGGAAAUCCAGAAACAAAAGCUCUGGCAUGCCUUCCAGGAGAAGAACAAGGAACUGGAGAUGCAGCACCGACAGCAACUUGAGCACAAAUUUCAGCUUGCGGCCUAUCACACUACUGGCUACAUCUUCCAGGAACUGCGAGACCAGCGGCUGGCCGAGGAAGCCGCCCAGCAACGGGAACGCCGGGAACGGGAAGCCAUGAAGCGCAAGGAGAAGCAGGACUUCAGCGCCAAUGCGAGUUCCGAGGUCAAACAGAAGCUACAGACUUUUUUAAUCAAAAAACAAGCAGCUGCCUCCAACGGUAUGAGUUCCCCAUCUUCCUAUCGAAAUUGGGGCGUCGUGAAGUCUUCGUCGGGCGAAUCGAUACCGGCCGGAGCCGUUGCAUCCAGUUCACAUCCGUACAAAAUCCCGCCACCUCCUCCGUCGUCGAUCGCCAAAUAUGAUUCCGACUUUCCAUUGAGAAAAACAGCUUCCGAGUCAAACCUGCUGAAGAUACGCAUCAAGCAGCGUGUUAUCGAGAAACGUACUAUGACCGGACCGUUGGCUGCGCGCCGCCAGGAACGACUCCAACAGGCAGCCCAACGACGACUCCAGAAACAAUCGCAAGUCCAGCAACAGCACGCUCAGCAACACCAGCAAGCUCAACAUUCCCAACAGCUGUCACAUCACCAAAUUUCCUCGAUGGCCGCUCAUCCAGCAAAUUGCUCCACUGGAACACCCGACUCGGGACCGAAUUCACCUCCGGCACUGGGAAGCCGUGGAUCACCAUCCAAUGCACCGAUACAGGAGGAGAACGAAGAUCCACAGUACCGGUCUAGCAUCAACGACCUUGCACUGUUCAGUUCACCUUCAAUGCCAAACAUUUCGCUGGGCAGGCCCCAUCUUGCUGAUGCACAUCCCGGAAAUCACCUUACGAUGGUUCCGCUGAGACCUCCACACCAGAUGGUGGCCGCUGGCCAGCCACCGCAACCUUCACUAUCGCAUCAUCCUCCACCGUUACCACCGCAUUUUGUAAAUCAUCCUACAAUGCUGGAACUCACUGAGCAGCAAUUGCAAGCAGCCGCGGCUGCUGUAGCUGCCGCCGGUGGUCUCUCGAUUAACCCGACCCAUCUGGGAGGGAUCAAUUCCGGUGUUCCACCGGUUUACGGUCAACCAAUCACCGACGCUCAGGUUGCACAGGCAAGACUGCACAAACAAGGCCAUCGACCGCUUGGUCGGACGCAGUCGGCUCCUCUGCCACUCGGUCAUCCGAUGCUAACCGGGACAUCCGGUUCGGUUGUCAACAUCGGUCAGACACACUACGAGGACAGUGACGCCGAACGGCAAGCCUACGAGCAGCAUCUGUUGAUGAAACAGAAAAUACGCCAGACCGCACUGAGCCGUGCCAAUUGCGUGCGGGAACCUGAGUUGAAGGAGGAAGUAGAAUCCGGCGAGGUGAUUGACCUAACGGACAAAAAACAACCACCCAAGACGACGGUGAUAACGGCGAACAGUGUGAUCAAGAGUACUUCCCAUACAACGCUGUUGUGUGAUUCUGCGGAAAGUUUACAGCAGCAGCACGUCGAGUUUCUACAGGCACAACAGCGUGAAUUCAUGCGACAAUCGAUUCAGCUCGGAAUAUUGGAAGAUCCGUACAAUCGUACCAUACUGCGACCACUCUCUCGAACCUCUUCGAGUCCACUAGUCCAUCUGGGAACCCCGGCCAGCAGUAACCAUCCGAUGACCCUGUCGGAUACCGGUCAGGAGGAUACUCCGCCUCCAGUAAAUCUGACGGUUCAGAAUCGUAGUCGUUCGAUGCUUAGCUACACUAACGAAGGUCUCGCAAGUCCUGGACCUUUACAGCUAACAACCUCGUCGUCCGCCUCGGCAAUCCCUCUUCGAUCCGUACAGCAGAACGGCAAGCUGACUACCGGACUGGCCUUCGAUAGUCUCAUGCUGAAGCAUAGCUGUAUCUGUGGUGACAACGCUGCCCAUCCGGAGCACAGCGGACGACUUCAGAGUGUCUGGGCUCGGUUAGUGGAAACCGGUCUAGCGUCUCGUUGUGACAAGCUUCGCUCUCGCAAAGCCACCCAAGAGGAGCUGCAAACCGUGCACACCGAAGCGCAUUCCCUCGUAUUCGGUACAAAUCAGAUCAACAGACAGAAGUUGGAUGCCAGCCGGGUAAGCUUUGUAAGGCUGGCCUGUGGUGGAGUUGGUGUUGAUCUCGAUACUACCUGGAACGAACAUCAUACUGCUGCUGCUGCCAGAAUGGCGGCCGGAUGCGUGAUAGACUUAUCGUACAAAGUGGCUAAAAGUGAAAUCCGAAAUGCUUUUGCCGUUGUUCGUCCUCCGGGUCAUCACGCGGAACCAAACGCCGCUAUGGGUUUCUGCUUCUUCAAUUCGAUAGCCAUAGCGGCUAAACUGUUGCUGCAACGACUACCGUCCGAAAUGCGUAGAAUCCUCAUUGUGGACUGGGACGUCCAUCACGGUAAUGGAACACAGCAGGUAUUCUACGAUGACCCCAAUGUGCUGUACCUUUCGAUCCACCGACAUGACGACGGGAACUUUUUCCCCGGCACCGGUGGUCCUACGGAGUGCGGUGCUGGACCGGGACUUGGUUUCAACGUGAAUAUUCCGUGGUCCGGUGGACUGAAUCCUCCUCUUGGUGAUGCCGAGUACCUGGCAGCCUUCCGAACUGUGGUGAUGCCAAUCGCGCGUGACUUUCAGCCCGACAUUGUCCUUGUGUCGGCUGGAUUUGAUGCGGCUUAUGGUCAUCCUGCUCCUCUCGGUGGGUACAUGGUUUCGCCGGCCUGUUUUGGUUACCUAACCCGAGAGCUAAUGAAACUCGCGGAUGGGAAGGUAGUACUAGCGUUGGAAGGUGGUUACGACCUCCCGGCUAUUUGCGAUUCCGCCCAGGAAUGCGUUCGCGCACUACUAGGUGAUGAACUGUCGCCGAUUGUAACGACGGAACUGUCCCGACCUCCCUGUCUGUCUGCCAUCGAAACACUGCAGAAAACUAUUGCGAUACAGAUGUCGCACUGGCCCUGCGUGAAACGGUUAGCACAUACCGUUAGCCUUUCAGCCAUGCAAGCAGUGAGCGGGAAUGAUCGAGAAGAAUCUGAUACCGUCACCGCCAUGGCUGGAUUGUCGAUGCAACCGCCCAAUAGAACGUCAGACAUCUCCCGAGAGGACUCGGAGGAACCAAUGGAUCAAGAUGAGUCUAAAUAAAAUAAACCAUAGUGAACUAUUCUGUCCGGUCGCUUCCGGAAGGUUGCAGCCAAACAUUUCGGAAGAUGUUGAUGUUGGAUACCUCAUUUUUCGGUGUUGGAUGUGAAGCGUUGAGCCGCGCUCGGGCUGAGCCGAGGCGUCUGAUGCAUAUUGGAAACUGCACCGCUAUAAGUGGGAAGGAACUUAUCAAACGGAUUGAUUUUCUAUUGACUUGCUAGUAGUAGUGUUGGCGGAAGCAGGAAAGCAGAAUUAAGGUACGUUACCCUCGAUGCCAGGGGGUAAAACGAAGUUGAACGCUUAAAGCGUUCAUUUUAAAGUUUAGGCACACAGAAGAUUUACAACAGGAUAAGAAAUAGGCAGAUGUGAGUUAUUUUGAAGAGCUGAACUAUAUUUUCUAACAAAUUUUUUGGUAGAGUUUCCGACUAGUUCGAAAAGACCGUCGAAAAUCGCAACAUUGUAAACAUAUUGAAUCAGGGAAUAUUUUUGGGUUGAUUGCAGAUGAACUAACAAAACAAAAAAAAAAGACAAAUAGAAUUUGUCAUACCACUGGAAGUCGCUACGUAUAAACCAUCAGGUUGGUAACUAAUUUGCAGUUUUUAAGAGAUAUGUCGGCAACAUUCGCGAAAGAUUCCUAUGCAACCGUAUGGCCCGGGGUGUCCUCACGUCACGAAACUAGCACCAGUCAAUAUCUAUCAGUUUUUAAAAAUCGAAUCCAAAAAACCUUUUCCGACGAGCUUUGUAUCGUGGUUCUCGUUGUCUAUUUUAAUGGUGAAUAUCCACAUUGAGUUAAUUGGAUUUCUGUCUCCUAGUAUUUCAUUAGCCGGUGUCCAAAUUAUGUUUCUAUGUAAUGCUUACAUUUCUUCUUCCGUUAAUCCCAAUCGUGUAUGUUUCUUUGACUCACUGAAUUGUUGCGGGACUUCUUUGAAAUAGUAAGGUAGUACAAAACUGGUUUCGAAAUCUCAAAGCCAAUUUGAACGCUGAGUUAUUAUCUGACUACGGCGUUGAGUUUCUUGUUAAACAUCACACACUUAAAACUUAAUUUUGAACUCGGCUAAAAAGAUACCGGAAAAAGUGAGUUAAAACUAUAUUUAACUGAAAUCAACCGAUAUCUCGGUGAUUCAAAAUGCUAUACCGAAAUACGGUUUUGAAAAUUACUACACAUAACAGUUCGGCUGAAAAGUUCCUAUCGUUUAAUAGAAACACACAUUUUUUUGCCAAAAUUCUUUUUUAUUAUUCAACAUAAUUGCCAUCAGAGGUGAUACAGCGAUUAUAGCGAUCUUCCAACUUUUCGAUACCAUUUUUGUAGUACGAUUUGUCCUUUGCCUCAAAAUAGACCUCAGUUUCAGCGAUUACCUCUUCAUUGCUUCUAAAUUUUUUACCAGCGAGCAUUCUCUUGAGGUCUGAGAACAGGAAAAAGUUACUGGGGGCCAAAUCUGGAGAAUACGGUGGAUGAGGGAGCAAUUCGAAGCCCAAUUCGUUCAAUUUCAGCAUGGUUUUCAUCGACUUGUGACACGGUGCAUUGUCUUGAUGAAACAAAACUUUUUUCUUCUUCAAAUGAGGCCGUUUUUUUGAAAUUUCGUCCUUCAAACGCUCUAAUAACGCUAUAUAAUAGUCACUGUUGAUGGUUUUUCCCUUUUCAAGGUAGUCGAUGAAAAUUAUACCAUGCGAAUCCCAAAAUACAGACGCCAUAACCUUACCGGCCGAUUGUUGAGUCUUUGCACGCUUUGGGUUCGGUUCAUCGCGAGCAGUCCACUCAGCUGACUGUCGAUUGGACUCCGGAGUGAAGUGAUGGAGCCAUGUUUCGUCCAUUGUUAUCUAUCGACGAAAAAAAUCGGUUUUAUUUCGAUAUAACAGCUCCAAACACUGCUCAGAAUCAUCAAUUCGUUGUUGUUUUUGAUCGAUUGUGAGCUCACGCGGCACCCAUUUUGCACAAAGCUUUCUCAUAUCCAAAUAUUCGUGAAUAAUAUGUCCAACACGUUCCUUUGAUAUCUUUAGGGUGUCAGCUAUCUCGAUCAACUUCACUUUACGGUCAUUGAAAAUCAUUUUGUGGAUUUUUUUCACGUUUUCAUCGGUAACAGACUCUUUUGGACGUCCACUGCGUUCAUCGUCUUCGGUGCUCAUAUGACCAGUACGAAAUUUUGCAAACCACUUACGAAUUGUUGCUUCGCCCGGUGCAGAGUCUGGAUAACACUCAUCAAGCCGUUUUUUGGUAUCGGCGGCACUUUUUUUCAUCAAAAAGUAGUGUUUCAUCAACACACGAAAUUCCUUUUUUUCCAUUUUUUUUCACAAUAACAAAAGUAGCUUCACUAAAAAUGCAAUAUCUCACAAACUAAUAAUCAGACAGCUGUCAAAUUUAUACACGUAUCUUUUGAAGGUUGGGACUAACUGAAAAUGGCAUGGAUUUAAUUCUAGUGGCACCCUCUCAUAGAAACGAUACGAACUUUUCAGCCGAUCUGUUAUUCUAUGUCACAGAUUUUUGGCAUUAUGUUAAAAACAGGAGCAUAGCACUCCUCAGUCAAUACUUUACAGCAGUUUUGUUAUGUUGUUAUGUACAUGUUGUCACAUUUGAUUUAUUUAUUUCUAAGGCAUACUAUGUAGACGGACACAAUAGCGGCGUAAAACUUCAACAAUUGAAUUUUGUUUACAUUUCGUCUUAAACUCAUCAGUGUAUAGCAGUUCAAAUUGAACUGCAUAAUGCAAAACUCGGACGUUCAAUUUGAACCGACGUAAAAAAAAUCGAUAGUUUUAUAUUAAUUUUUAAAGGAAAAGUAUUGUCAAUCAUGCUGGAGAAUGAGCAUAUAAAACGCUGGCAAUUGCUUGCUAGCGAAAUUCUAAAGGUAACAUCGAGAAAAUAUUCUAAUAAAAUUAUUAGAAAGUACUUAGGAUCCUUCGUGUUUUUAAGUUCGCUUAUGAUUGCCCUAAUUCCAUCAUAAUUUGUCUCAGUAAUGUCAGCUUGAGGCAAUACUUCUUCUGGUAAAGGGUGAUUUUUUGCUGGUACCUUUUAGGCAACACUAUUUUGGACAGAUCACGCGUGAAUAAUUUAUAUAAUAAUUUACGUGAUCUGUAUCCUAUUCGAUCAUUUCUAAGGUGGUAGAAUAUAGAACCAGUUUUAGCUUGCGCGAUACCAUUUAUCGGUAGAAGAUCUGCAUCGAAGUCUGUUUGAGUAAUCAGAUCAAUCACUACAAAUGAGACCAGAUCAAUUGUAGAAGGACAAAGUAAUUGGGCUAAAACUGGCUAUCAACCAGCGGAGAGUUCAUUAUGAAGCAAUCGUACUUUCUGGUUACUUCACGGGCACAACACUGUUGAGGGGAAAAAAGGGCUUUUGAAUUGGAUUUUAUUGGAUGAGAAUUUAAAUUUUUUGUCUGGACAUUGUCAAUAAUUUGUGUUAUGGUUUCCAUUACAAUCAGAGCAUGAAAAUUCAUCUGCAAUCCGAAGAAAGCUCAGUACGAAACGCUUUAAAAUUGCAAACAUACCUAUAUUUUUAGUUUUCCAGAGCGAAAAGUUUCCUAUUCAGGGAUUUUGAAAGAAUUUUCUUCUGUUGAAAAUUACCAAAGAAUAUAAACACAUUUGGUAACAGGUUUGAAGAUGAUUUUAUUCGAAUUCAAUUCGUCAAGUCUCUAAAUACUAACAUAGUACACUAUCGAUAACCUUCUAUGUGUAAUUUUAGGUAACCCCUUAGUGAAAGCAUCUGCCGGUUGGUCGACACUUACGAUGAACUGCAGUUUCAGUUUUCCUUUCUUGAUGGGUUCACGAACGAAGAGAUAUUUGAUGUCCAAGUGUUUCAUCCUUUGAUGUGACCUAGGCUCCUGCGCGAUGUUCAUACAUGGAAUACUGUCUUCUGUUAUAACGAAUGGUUUUACGACUACAUCCAAUUCGUAGAGAAGUUGAGUUAGCCACAGACCUUCUUUUGUAGCUGAACAAAGUGCUAUCAGUUCGGCUUCAGUUGUAGAUAAGCUGACCGUUGGUUGUCGCUUCGUUGAUCACGAAACUAAAUUACCUUAUAAUAGAAACGCGUAUCCUGAAACAGAUUUCCUCUCAUCAGGAUCAUUUGCAUAGUCUGCAUCCACAAAUCCUAUGAAGUCAGGAUAAUUAUUUUUGGUCGAGUAAACGAUUUUUGUAUUGCUCGUUCUUCGCAAAUAUCACAAUAUUCGCUUUAACCCGGACUAAUUCCAGUCAGUAGCAUAAUUGGAAUAUUUACUUAAUAUGUUUACCGCAACGCAGAUAUCGAGCCUGGUUGUCAACGAAAGGUAUUGUAGACAUCCUAGCAGUUCCCUAAAUGGUUCUUCUGUAGUUUUCGUUUAACUAGCUUUUCUAUAUAUGUAGUUUGCGAAAUUUCAAUUGUUUGGUUCUCAAAAUUACGAUUUAUUUCCAUACCAUAGAAACGAUUUACUUCUAACAUAUCUUUCAUUUGGAAUAACUUGCUGAGUUUUUCCUUAAUCCAAUAAAUCUCUUUUAGGGUUUGGCCAAUUAGUAAUAUGUUAUCUACAUAAAGGAUCAGUAUUAUUCCUUUUUCUUCAGACUUAUAUACACAGUUAUUGUUUUUUAUUGGUUCAAAGCCAAGUGCUUCCAUUGCAUCAUCAAAGUGUUUGUUCCACGAUCUACUUGCUUGUUUUAAACUAUACAAACAUUUGUUCAAUCUAACAAUUUGGCUUUGAUCAUCCGCGUUUGGUGGAAGUUUCAUAUAUAUUUCUGUUUCUAAACUUCCAUGUAAAAAUGCUGUUUUUACAUCCAUUUGAUGCAUUAUUAACUUAUGCUCAUUAGCAAGUGAUAUAGCAAUUCUAACACUUUCUAGCUUGGCUACUGGCGCAAAUGUUUCACAAUAAUCAAAUCCAGGACGUUGUGAGGAUCCUUUUGCUACCAAUCUUGCUUUAUAACUGCCAUCAACUUUAAUUGAAAACACCCAUUUUGAGUGUAUCGGUUUCAUUCCCUUGGGUACACAGUUAACCACUGCCCAAGUGUUAUUUUGAUGAAUGAUUCAACGAAACUUCCCAAAGCGAUAACCUCGCUCUCGGUCUUGAAAAUAACCUUUUCAUCGAUAAAUAUAACAUUUAUUCCAUGCUUGCUUACCCUUCUAACCGAAAGGAGAUUUUCUUCAAGUCCAGGAGUAAAAAGAACGUUGUACAGUGUUAAAUCUUUUAUUGUAUUUUUACCUACAACGCUUUUCAAAUUCAUUUUGCCAACCUUCGUAGCCCGAAGUUUAUCUCCUGAUUUGCCUGUAGAGAUGUCGACUGGUUUUGCUAAUUCUUCGACGUCUUCUAGCAACCUGUAGUCAUUUACCAUGUGAUCGCUCGCUCCCGAAUCUACAGCAAAUCUAACCUUUUUGUGGGCUACUCUCUUGAUCAAUGCGAAGCUUUUCUUCCGUUUCAGGUACUCUUCCUUCUCUUUGGACACAAACUUUUUCAUCAGUGGGCACUUGUUCUUGAAAUGCCCUAUUUCGUUGCAUCCGAAGCACUGUGUUGUUUGCCGUUUUGAUGCGUAUCUAGAAGCAAGCGCAAUGUUUUUCUCUUCUGUCUGCUUCUCUUCCUCGGCUUCUGCAUUCAAAAACAUUCGCUUGACGUUCGUCGUUCGAAAGCACCAGUAAGGCACCUUUAACAUGUUUGAACUUUACAGGCAUGGCGAUUAGUAGAGCAUGCAUCUUUUCAGCAUGCCCUACACUUGAUGUCAUUCUGUUCAGCUUUCGAAUGAUUUCGUCGUACUCAUCGAAGAUUUUCCUUAACGAACCCAGAUUUCGGUGUUUUAUGGUGAAGAGCCGCUCUCUCAUCACCACCAUCGCAACCGUACCCGCUUUCUGGUAUGUUUUCACCAACAUAUCCAUGACCUGUUUUGCGUACUCUAGGCCCACCAAAAUAUUUAAGACGUCAUUUUCGGAGCUUGUGUAUUUUCCUAUGAAUUUUUCACAAUAACUUUCUAUGGCUUUUUGUAUAGUUUUCAUGUUUUUCCAUAGACUUCAGUUGUUUUAGUGUCAUACGGCAAAUCAAGAAUUAUUUUCAAACAUUUGUUUUGUAUAACUUGAAGCUUUUGCUGGGGAGUUUGCACAUUCCGCCCAUAUUGGCAUGGCGUAGUAUAUGACAGGUGCUAUAGUUUGUUUGUAUACAGCAAGUUUAUUUUUUGUGUUCAGUUUGGAUCUUCUAUUUAUCAACGGAUAGAAUUUUGUUAUCAAUAGAAGGACUCUGCUUUUUUUUAUCUUUUCCACGAGGUUUCUCUAUAACAUUUUUGAAUCUACAGUAAGGCCCAAGUAGUUAGCCUAAUUCGUCCUGUCGAUGGAUACAUAGCGAAUUUACAAUCAGGUGGUGGCAAUAACCUUCGUGGUGGACGGUAUGGGAACAGUAUAACUUGAGUUUUUUGACAAUUUAAUCUGAUUUUCCAUGUGCUUAAAUAAUUGCAUAAGUUAUUGAGACACUUCUGUAGCUUUUUUGUGAUAUGUUGCGUUAUUCUGCCGUUGUAUAAUAUAGCUGUAUCAUCAGCGAAAAGUUAUAGGAAACAGUUAUUUGGUAACUCCGGAAUAUCUGCUGUGUAGGUAGCAACUCCUGCGGGAAUCAGUAAACUUUCUGAGCAUUUACCAUUCAGCACUACUUGGUAUGAUCGAUUCGAGAGAUAGUUUUGUAUGAUUUUAAACAAAUAGACAGAGAAAUUGUAACUAAGGUUGUUUUCCUACUGGAUUUAGCUAAGGUUGUUUUCCUACGAACUAUCUGCAUCACUCUGUACAGCUGCUGAGUGGUCGGAUGGCCAGCUCGAAAACCAAACUGAACGAGGGGAAUGAUUUCGUUGUAGCUAACAUGCUCGAGAACUCUGUCCAGCAAAAGUAUUUCAAAAAGUUUACGAGAUUGACGACAAGAGGCUCAUUGACCGGUAGCUGCCAGGGCUAGAGGGAUUUUACCCUAUUUUAGAAUUGAAUUAACCAGUGGCGUCUCGUGACCAUUUUUACGGGUUGCGUACUGAUUAUGUGGUAUGACAGCUCGUUGUAAGUGAAAACUAAAGAUUGAGGAAUGAAAAUUUACUUGUGUUUGUCUAUACAACGAAAUACCAAUACACUUUUGAAUGGUAUUUUUUUAUUAAACUUAUUUUAUAUCACGUCGUUUGAACGUCGAGCAAAUCUGUCAAUAACUUCAAUGAAACAUGAGACACCAUUUUAUUUUCAACUGCCAUAAGCAUAAGCCAUUGAAACCUCUCCUGAUGGUGGGCAUACAAGUUUGACAAAACCAAACGUGACAGAGAGAACAACAAAUCUCAGAGCUAAGCGGAGUAAUUCCUUCUCUUCUUGAAUCUACGCAGUAGUUCAUGUGCAUGGAAAAGAUACUAACACUCCGACAAGAGAUGCUUGAAAUUUUAUAUUGGACGAGUUGUGUCUGAAUACACGCAAUUUCGGUGCAUAAGGCAAAGUGCUGAGGUUUAGAACUUCACUUAUUGGCUACGACAAUGCGAUUUGAAAAGAUCGUUGGGCUGUCAUUGACCACCAAGCGCAAGCAGCUUAGGGUAAAUUUGUCCAUAUUCUGCUGUGACAAAAAUUUGCUCAUUAUUUUAUAUUCGGUGCCACCCCACUUGCUUUCAUCGAAUAAAUAAAGAAUAAUUGAAACCAGAUGGGGAUGCAGUUAAUUCCUUCAAGUUGACUGGUAGUGCAGUGCACGAGGUGCACAUGAGGACGAGACGCCACUGGAAAUAACUUUCGCCAAUUUCUAGUUGGUCGGGAAGUAGAGAGGAUCUAAGUAACGGUUAAAUAGCUUGCAAAUGUGUUCGUAGGUUUCAGGGCUUAGUUUUUUUAACAUUAAGUUGAAGAUUGCAUCAAAACCCGGAGCUUUCUUGUUUUUGCAACGUUUACAAGCUGUAGCUACUUGUUCGGGAGUUAUUCGUUUGUUAAUUGAUACGUAACAUGGGGUAUUAUUCAAUGUGAUCAACGUACCCUGCACUGUUGUCUCUAUCGGACUGAUAAUGGAACUACCUAGAUUGUGUGAAUCAAGGAUAUGGUGGCCUAUUGCGUUAGCUUUUUCGUGUGGUAUUACUAGUAAAGAAUUCCCUGAUUUUAAAGGAGGUAUUUGCUGAGGUUUGGACUUUAGCACUUUAGCCACUUUUCAGAAAGGCUUUGAAAACGGAUCUAAUUUAACAAUAUCUUCUUAGAAUAUUUAGUUCUUUAGCUUUGAGCGUAUGAAAGGAAAUUAAUUUCGUUAGGUUCUUGGCUUGAAUUUUUCGAAUUUGUCAUCAGUUCUCAGGAAUUGACGUCUUAAAGCAUCUUUUACUCUGAUGAUACUGGAAGUGGAUGGGACUAAUUGGGCUCGCUUACCUACUAUCGGUACUUUACGAACACAUUCCUCUUCGGCUGCUUGGAUGGCGACUUGAAGUUGAUGCACUGCAGGGUCAAUAUCUUCCGUAGAUUCAAGUGGAGCGGUAUAAUCAAUCCUUUGAUCUACUCUGUGACGAAACCCAGUCCACUCGAUGGUAGUCCUUUCGAGUUUGAACCGGGCCACGAGUCGUCGUUUCGUGAAUCUGUUGUAUAAAGAUAGAGAUAAAAAAAUAAUAUUACUGAAGAUUGCUGAUGUACCUAAUUCUCGGAGUGCUCUUUACGGGUGUUUUUAACAGACACUAUAAACUUAUCCACUGGAACUGUUAUUGUUUUACAUUUCUUUACGUUUACUGUCUUGUUAUUUCUGUAACAUAUGUCUGAGACCUCCUAAAUAAUUAUAUAUCUGUUUUUGAUUUCGGGAGGGGCCAGGGCCCCCCUCUUGGUACGUGACUGAAUUGCAUUGGCAAUCAAUGAGCGUCCUGACUAGUGAAAUAUCGAGAGAAUUUUGGGUUUGACAUACCUGGCGAUUUGUAGAGCUUGGUUGGCAGCUGUCCAGUGACAAAAGCUAUCCGCUUUUGCGUUUUUCAACAAUAGCUGUUUCCUGUAAGUAGACCCUCAUGAAGUAUCGCGAAUUUGGAAUUUUCGUGGGCUACGUAUGCACCCACGACAAACGUAGGCUCCCACGACAAAAGGGCCUAACUGCAAAUGAGAGCCUCUCUUUAUUUAUUUUCUCUUUUGAUUAUUACGAAGCCAUUAUUGCAAAUUCUCUAAAUUUUCCAAUGUAAAUCGAAAGCUUGUAGUUUUACCUUGAAAGUUUUCCGAAGAAUAUAGCGUCAAACAUAGAAUCUGUUCAAUAAAUCGUAAAAGAAAAAGUAAACAAAGAGAAACUGUCAUUUGCAGUUAGCCCUUUCGUGGGGCGGUUGAAUUGUUGAUUUUUUGUGGCAAUUUUUCACUUAAGAUUCUCAUCAGUACACUUUUCCCACUUGUCAAUAGCAAAUUUGGAACGUGUACUUACCGUUGCAGCACACGAAACACACGGUGACCAGCUCAUAUUGAAGAAUCCAACCAACUCUUUUGCGAUUGCUGCGCUGCCCGAGCGGCAAGCUUUGAACUAAGCGAUGGUGAUAAUUUUCAGAUUUUGCUUGAAGAUUCGAACAAAAUGUCGGGUUUUUAUUUAUUUUUUUCUUAUUAAUCGAAAACUAACAUACAAAAACAUGUGAAAAUUUGGUAAAAAAAUCGAUCAUUAAUGAUUCAGUAACUUUCCGUGGUAUGUUUGAUUGAUAUUUAUGGAGAAAUCGUUACAUGAAAUACCAAAUUCGAAGAAGUGAGGUUGGGUACUGUUUUCAUAUCUGGGAUAUUCUUUGUUUUUUUUUGGUUGGAUUUUGAGAUUAAUUGAUAAAUUAUGAUCAAAAGUUUUAUGACUAAUCUAUUUACUCAUGUUUUAUCAUCUAAAUCAAAUCUGUAUGUGGACUGAAAAUUUCAAAUUCCAUCCGAGAUUGUCAAGAGUAUAGGACAAUUUGAAAUCAUAUGUUUGAUGACAACACGUGAAUAAUCGUUUUUCUUACCCAUAUUUGUAAGGUUAUGCCAUCUGCAUUCUUUCAAACUCAAGUAAAUUGAAAAAUUCGUCAACAAUUUUUCUAAAUACAUGGGAUAUGUCAAAACAAUCACCAUAACGCUAUCUCGUGGUGACCACGCUGAUUUAAUUGUUCAAUAUUCUCAAAUAGUUUUAUGCUUAUCAUUUAACAUAGUGUGUGUUUCAAGGCACACGGUAAAUUCAUACUUGUUACAUAAUUUUAUCUUCAGGAAAAAAGUACUAAGUCGAAAAUGCACUGAAAGAAAUAUUUAUUUGAAAGCUGAUAUAACACUCAUGACCCUGACUUAUUUGGACAAUUCCGGCCAUUUUGAAUGUCCAGUCAGUUUUUGACAGUUAUUAUUGUGCGUGCGUGCGAGAUGCCUGAUAUUUUCAUAGAAAAUCUGUAUUGCUUCGCAUAAAAAAUCUGUAUUAAUCUGUAUUCACUAAUAAAAUGAAAUUCUUACAACAAAAUGAUGCCAAAAGAUGUUAUUCCAACAUAUUGUGUUUGUAGGAUGGUAGAUUCAAUCAGUCAUUACUGCGCUCACAAGAAUAUACAACGACGAAACUUCAUAGUUUUUUUUUGUUUUUUUUUAUCCACAACAAUUGAAUUGUAAUUCCAUAUACUUAUCUAGUUUGAAAUUGUUGACUUCAUAAUUUGACAUGGAAUUUCAAUUUGACAGUAAAAUUCCAUGAUGCCAUUACUUCCUUGAAUAUCAGUUCAAAUUGGUUUCUACAUAUAAUAUAAAUGGAUCUCACAACAGAUUUUCAUAUUAAUUUGUGAUUUGUCCGUUGAUUGAAAGACUUUUAUCUCAUCACUGGAAUAAAAUACCAAAACAUAGCUCAGACAGAAAAGUUUAUUUUUUUCUUUCUUACUUUUUGUGAGAUCUGUACAAAUCUGUAUUAAAUUGAGGAAAUCUGUAUAAAAUGUGUACUCUGUAUUAAGUCUGUAUGAGUAUGUAAAAAUCUGUAUAAUACACUCUUACCAGCCGCUACCUAAUUUUGGGUCAAAACCUACCCAAAAUCAACUAAAGUGCAUCUCCCCAAUUUUGGGUAACGAGUGAUGACCUCAAAAUUUAGGUAAAUUUAAGUUUAGUACAAAAUUUAUGCCCUAACAAAGCACGCUACCCAUUUUUACCGAUCAACUCAAAGUUUGAGUAGAGAACGACCUAAUUUUGGGUAGGUUAUAGAAGAGCUCGACAAUGAAUGAUAUCUGCUCAAAAAAUAGGUAGAAAUGAUUUUCAGUGUACAUAUAAAUCUGUAUAAAUGGCAUCUCUGGUUCGUGGACGUGCUUUAGUUUGUCUUCGAUUUUGGUUCGGAAUAACAAACUCUUGCUCUAAUUUAGAUUGAAUAUCUCACUGUGUGUUUUCGGUAUCUUUUUUUGUCAAGAGCAAAAUGAAGUUUUAACUCUGUACCAUUAAAUUCGCUUCAUGAUCAGAAGGUUGGUAACAGAACCAGUACAUCUCUUCGUGAAUUAAUUGAUUGAUCAGUGACAUAUCAGCUGUUUUUCAAAGAACGGCGAAUCUAACAUUGACAGCAAAUGGAGAAAAUCAUCGACGAAUGUUUCGACUUUGGUAUCAAAUCGUGUUUAGAAAUUAUCGUAUAUUCUCUGAUCAAUUUAUGAUUAGUCGAUGAAUUGUUAGUUUAUCUUCAAAAGGCACGCAAAUGUUACCACUUUCCUUCUAUAUCCACUGAAUAAAUCAACAUAAAAAGAGUUUCGCCCUUUUUCGAUUUGUUUACUUUUAUACUUCCUGUGUGAAUUAUGAAGAUACGCCCUUGCGCAUUUUUCAUGAAAUUGGCUGGUUUUCGCUACUAAGACAAAUCUGUGAGUAGUUUUAUUGUUUCUUUUACUAUUUUCAGUAAUAAAAGGUUCGGUAACCAUCUAAAAUAAAGAAAAUAAAUAGCUUCGCCCUUCCUUACUAGCAAUUUAAGUAUCGCCCUUUUUGUUGGCAUGGAACACGGAGGGCGAAACUUGCGUAAACAAAUGGAAUGACAGUUUCGCCUUUCAUAGUUCUUUGUAUUACUAAGAUUGAAAUUUUUGUAGAAUACGAAUUUUCAGACAAAAUUGUAGGAUUUUGAAGCAUUUAUUGGUAGGAGAGAGAACCUCGAUUUGUUUACUUUUGUAAGAUACGUCCUUCUUUGAAAAACAGCUGAUAUGAGCUAUGAGGUGAUGGUUGGGCCCCGCCAAACAUUAAGCAAAGAAAUCUUUCGUACGCGUUGCCGACAGAUGGGACUACUGUAGUAUGUGGUUUAAACAUAGGUAAAGAAAACAUAAAACCAACACUUUUUGAGGUUAUAAACGAAUGAUUGGAAAUUUCUAUAAGGAAUAUAUUGUGGAUGUUCUUUGUUAACAGCGCAGACGUCCAAUUUUCGUUAGUUGUUAUUUACUAAUAGUUGAUGGAAACAAAAAAAAACCAACAGAAGAAAAUUAGGAGCUAUUUUCGUGAGCGAGUUUCACGGAUGUAGUCGCAAAAAUCUACACAAUUAACAACAAUAUUUUAAACAAUAGGAAAUAUAGGACUAAGAGUUCUUUAAUAUACCAAGAGUUAAGAAAAGUACGUUUGUUUUUCAAAAUGCAAAUAAAACGGUAAUUACAAAGUAAUUUUUAUAUAGAACUAACCUAAUUGAAGGCCCCAGUAGGCGACACAAAAUUAUACUUACGACGAAAUCGAUUUCCUAUGAAGCUCUUACAGCAACAUAUUAUAUUUACGUCACUGUUUCUAAUCUUUCCAAGCUGAAACCAAAAAGUUACCCGUCAGCAAGUUUUAACAUACUCCCUUCGAACCCCUUUCCGCUGUAUCGGAGACUGAGGCAAUCGGAUACGACAAAUUGUGCUAAAUAAACUAAAACAACCUAUCAUACUCUCGGAAGAUUUUGCUCAACCUUAAUCCAAUAUAUGCUUCAGUCGCUCCACUUCCUGCUUUAAACAAAAAAUAAAAGAGAGAAUAAAACAAGGAUAACAGCAUAGAGCUAUAAACUAAGCCCACAACACAUACAAAUAACUGCUGCCAGUAAACAAUAAACUAGUGAACCUUUAAAUUCCCUACCAGCUCGAUGUCUGACUCAUGUGGAACAAUCGCGUGUUUUAGCUAACGUGCAAACUGAGCAUAGGUAAGCUUGAUGUGCAGAUAAGAUGAAAUGGUAAAAUAUGAAUUAUCCCAGAGGAAAUAUUUAUAGUUAUUGCAAAACAAAACAGAGCAGAAGUAAGUAAAUUUUUAACAGUUUAUCUUUAAUAAGUGUUGAGUGACCUUAAUGUAUACCAACGAAAAUAAAAAAAAAUAAGCAUAACAAAGUGGUAAAAUUUCAACAUUUAUAAGCUUUCAAACAGUGGAGAACGAGAGAUUUAGCUGAAAAAGAAGCAGAGAAAAAAAACGGUAGAAGUUUUAAGCGUUGAGUACUAACUGAACGGAAAUUUGCCUAAAGUUAUCACAAAGCACAUACACAGACAGACAGACACACACAUACAUACACUGUGGCACAGCGAAGAGGCACGGCACGGUUCACGUGCCCUUCCGCAUAUAACAAAAUCAGAAUCAAGAGUAAUUUAUCAAAUUUUCGAACUAUUCAAAGUUUAUCUCAGAGUUGUUAUUUUGUAAUCCUGAUUAUACUAAAACUAUUAAUCAAUAGUCGAUUGAACAUAUGUAUAGAUAAUAAUAAUUUGUCAGUGGAUGAGUACUAAACUUGUGUUAUGUACUAAAUAUUUUCCCAACAUAUUUUGUACUAAAAUGCUUCUGUUUUCUGGAAGCAUAGAAGCGAAUACCGAUAGUUUGUAUUAAGGAUUUGUCAAGUGCUGGACACUAAAUUUCGUUUUUUUUUAAUACCCACACAGUUUAACAGGAAACAAAAAAAAAGAAUUCAACGGAGGCGUUUAGUACUGAAAACAAAAAUAGCUUGAAGCUGUGAGAUGUGAUAUUGUUUCUCAAAACACAAUAAGCAGAAAAAAUGCAUUUCUACUACACUCUUUGCCUCUAUUAGUUGUUCGUGUUUUUUUUUUCUAGUUUGUCAAUUCCCCAUCGUUCAUGUUGUAUCAAUCCUCGGGUAUCUGAUUUUACGAACGCUGACGGCGAACAAUAAACAAACCAACUCAUUUUUAAGACGAACAUAACAUUUGAAAACGAAUUAUUACGCUUUUGUUGUACUAAGAAAAAGAAGAAGAAGAAGGAGAAGAAAAAAAAACGAACAUAGAAAAAACACAUACGAAACACCUCAAAACACAACUCAUGUUUAGGAAACCAACUGCAAACAACAUGAGAAAAGCGAAGAAAAACAUUUGAGAUAGGCGUAAGGGUAUAACACAAUAAGCCAACAAUAAACAUGAAACAUUCCUCUUUUAAAGAAAGUAAGUUAUACUGGAAGAAUGGCAAUUGAUUGGAUGAUAAACUCUAUGAAUGUUUAUUUUAAGUUGAAACUCACUGUCUAAGUUUAUGCAAUGUUACACCAGCUUUGCGGGUAAGUUUGUAAAUAGUUAAACCGUAAAGCUGUAAUUUUCCCUCCCGUUUCGUUAAAUUGACAGCCCUUCUUUAAUAACAUUUGAAUCAUAAUUAUUAUUUAGCCAUAUAGAACGUUUAAUUUUAUUAAGCUGUUGCUGUUCAUUUCCUUGUAUCGUACAAUGAAAAUAAAGUUUUAUUUUAAUUCCGGAACAAAUUAUGCUCAUAUAUCACAUACACACUCUCUCUCUCACACACACAAAGUGAAGGAAGGUAGUCCAGAAAAAAAACGAAUAGCUAGUUCAAUUCAAUUAGAGAAAGAACUUGAUGGAAAAGAGAAAAUCUAUUUAAAAGAGGAAAGCAGAUGCAAUUUUAGCUAGGGUAGGUUGAGAGCAAUUUGCAGCAAAAACACAAACACAAAAAGAAAUAAAAGUAAACACAAAACAUCAACGACUCAUUUGAAAAAUGAAUUAUGAAUGUAACAAGCCGCAAGAUGGUUUAUUUUUAGGCGUGGCCUGUUCCACUUGUUUGGAGGAAAACUAAAGAAAAACUACAAUCAGUCUUCUGUUUUCAUAAUUAGUCUCUUUUACAAACACUUUUGGGUGGUUUUGCGAGUUUUGAACUGCGCCGCGCAAGGGUUGCCCGUUCUAUAUUGUCGUUGUGAACCUGUUCUUAUGGCCCCUCUCGCUCUGACACUCACGGCUAAAAAACAUGAAGACCAACAGAAGUUGAAAAGGCGGCUAGAGAGUAAAAUAGAAAAUGUUAAGUAUGGAAAAAACCGAUGUUGAACGUUUUGUGUUACACGGAAAUUAAUAAAUAUAUGAGUAAACAA